AUGGACAAAGUCUCAGGCCCUUGAUACUGGUACGCAUCCCUAUGGAUCAAGAAUGUCUUUUAUGGAGCUUCAUGGCAAAAUGAAAGUGUCGAGUGCUGAAAUAGUGUCAGAAGCUCCUUCUCUCAGAAUUCUAGCCACAAAGAGGCCUUUCACACCUCAGGAGAAGCAUCGGCAGCUCUCUGGAGAAUCAUCUUCUGCAUUCAGUCUACAUGCCCAACAUUUUGAAGCUCCUGACUACAGGCCAGGCUCUGGAACUCGUCUCAGCCCACUGGAACAUAAACCCAGCCUGUCUGUGUCCCUGGAUGAGGAUGGCGGUGUUGAGGAUGCAACUCUGCCUAAACCCCCAGAUGAACGAGGAGGGAAUAAAAGGAUAGGAUCAGGAGGUUCAAGAGCCAGACUUCUUAGAGCAGCAUCCCCAAACAGACUACCACCCAUGACACCAAACUCAAAGACUAAGCUGUGGAUCGGAGCAGACCAACCAGGUGACACAGAAAAGCUGCGCUGUGCUGAUGUUGUGGAGAUAGUAACAAAAUCAUCCUCCGAAACAGACCUGCACAUACUUAUCCAAGACAGGUUUUUUUUUUUUUUUUUUGAGAACAAACAUCUCUUUUGCUGUCUUCUAUGGGCACUUGAAUUCAAACUUGGGCAUGGUGACACAGGAGAUGACAUCAUGGAUAAAUCUGUGUUCUGGAACACUAAAGUCUUUCCUGUCCUUCAAGAAUUUGAGUCUUUUGCACAAGAGAAGUGUGGAGAAAUGCCUUAUUGCUUUUGUCUAUAUUACAAGCUCAGUCUGAGUGGAAACAACUUGCUGAACAUCUGCAAACUUGUCUUCAAAAUCAGCCGGAAAGCUACUAACAACACCCUGUUCCUAAACGGCUGCAUCCUUGACUCCCUACUAUCUCUGCUCCAUUGUGAGGAUGUGUGGAGUAAAGGUGAAGCUGUGCUGUACUGUGUCGGCUCACUGAAGCUCGUCUCAGGGAACACUGCCCUCUCCAGACUGCUGCUGUCUAAAGGCUUUAUCGGCGUACUGCUGCAGCUGUCAAAAAGACUGAUGCAUGGUCCAUCUACUUCAGCAAAUGUAACUUCUUACAAGUCAGAGGAAGAAGGUCAGCAAAUCAUCGCAGGACACAUACUGGUACAGGUCACAGCAGCUUUGAGAAAUAUAGCUGACCAGUCUGAGUCUCUGCCUUCUUUCCUGUCCAACAAGGCAUUCUAUACUCUUUGCUUGAUUCUGGAGAACCACCGCAGUGACACUGACAUAUGCAUUAAUGUGCCCAGAACAUUCAGCAAGCUGUCCACCUACACUGAAUGCUGUCAUGCACUAGCUGAGACGCCAAGCUGCUGCAGCCUAUUUUUGGACCUGCUAGGCAAAUACAGCAGGAAACAGGAUCUGGUAGUGCGUCUCCUCUUCACACUUGGAAAUCUGACAGCCAAGAGCACUGAGAGACUCAUAGAGAGACUCUAUAAAGAGGAAGGUGGGAUAGAUGUCCUCUUGGAUCUUUUCCAGGUCUACCAGGAAACACCAUCGCCUCCUGAGAGAGAGGACGUCCUGGUCAAACUGAUCAGACUGCUGGCCAACCUAGCCAUCCAUCCCACCGUGGGCACGGCCCUAGCUGCCAACACGCUGCUACUGGAAGUGCUGGAGUGCAGGUGUGUACAGGAAAGUGAAGAAUUAGUGGUUAAUGCUGUGGCCACAAUCAACAACCUGUCUUUCUACCAAGGCAUGAGCUCAGUGGUCCGUGCCCAGCACACACACAUCUCACGGUGGCUACUAAAGCUCUUGCUGAGCUCCAGUAUGGAUGCUGUUUUGGAGGCCACACGUGUGUUUGGAAAUCUGUCAGAUGUGAGGCACUUCAUCAUGCAGCAAAAAGUGGAGCAGUAUGUGGUAACCCUCCUGGAUGUGUAUUUCUAUGCAUGUGGAGUUCUCAUCAACCUAUCUGCAGAUCCAGACAUCAGGGCCAUGCUGAGGGCUGAGGGAAUUGUUCAGAAGCUUCUUGACUGUCUGCGUGACUUGGGGCCUCAGGACUGGCGUCUGGCUGCUGUGGUGUGUCAGACUCUGUGGAACUGCUCUUUAGAUGGAGAGCUGCAACACGCUGGAGAGCUGUUGGAGAUCUUGUGGCUCUACACAGACAGAGGAGCUUUGCAGUGGCCUUCUGAUGAUGGUGUAUGUAUUGGCAUGUACUUAAUGUACAUCUAAAAGCUGAGGAAUGAGCCAGUGUGUAUAUUACACUUUAAUACAAUAUCUCUUUUAAUGUUGUGAACGUACAUGUUGUGAAUGCUAAUAGGGAAUUUGUCAAUUAUGACCAACACAUUUGUUUUAUAUAUAUAUAUAUAAAAAAGUUCAAAUAUUUAUUACACAACCUUAUGCUGCUGUAUUUAGCUUAAACAGGAGAAAGCAUGUGUCAAACACGUAAAUCGAGUCUUAUGUUCAUGAACACCACACUAAUGUACAUGCAAAAAUCACUCAUGAGCAUCUCUGUGAUGUCAAAGACUUUAUUAAACAGACACUUCCAGAAAAGUCUGUAAGGAAGACAGAAUAGAAACAUUGUCAUACAAUCACAUCAAACUGAUAUAAUAUGGCACUGGCUUCCCUCCUCUUAACAGGUUAAGACUUCACAGCUACAGUCUAUACACAUAACUAUAAAGUUUACACAGCUGCCCUAGAGUUGACCUACAUACAUGCUUAAAUACCAAUGACCGAAAUUAGAUUUGUGUAAAAUGUAUUUAAUCACUAUUAACUGAGAUGAAGUGAAGUGACAUUCAGCCAAGUAUGGUGACCCAUACUCAGAAUUUGUGCUCUGCAUUUAACCCAUCCGAAAUGCACACACACAGAGCAGUGAACACACACACACACACUGUGAGCACACACCCGGAGCAGUGGGCAGCCAUUUAUGCUGCGGCGCCCGGGGAGCAGUUGGGGGUUC